AUGUCAGAUACUGCAAGACACAAUCCGAUAUGCAAAAAAAUUUUCAACAAGAAGCGCAAGCCAUUCAACUCCUUGAAACAACGACUACAGGGAACCGACAUCCCAACAAUGAGAAAGAAGCCACCCGCAAAGAACGCGCAUGAGAAAAAGUCAAAUUGGAGACAACAGCAUGAAGAUUUUAUUUCGGCAAUCAGAGCAGCCAAACUUGCCACGCAAGCCAUGAAAGAAGGCCGCCCUCUUCCACCACCACCACCUCCGUCCAUUAACCCAGAUUAUAUUCAGUGUCCUUACUGCAUGAGGAGGUUUAACGAAACUGCCGCAGAAAGGCACAUCAACUUCUGCAAAGAACAAGCUGCCAGACGAUCCUUUGCCCCAGGCCAGAAAGGAGGCAAACCAGCUUCCGAAAAACAAGGAGCUCCCAGAAAAGAACCAACUUUAACAAGUGCUGUGGGGACACUACUUCAAAACAGACUGCAAGAAGGGGCAAAUACUGGCCAAUCUGUAACAGGUAAGAAGCAACAUAUCUGA